AUGCAUGCUGAGUCUGGCACAGGCAAGCACCCCAUCCUAAGCCAGCGCGCCACCUACCGCGCCAUGACCCUUGAUUUCCGCGCGCGUGCACAGCCCGUGCUGGGCGGCGAGCGUGCGCCGCUGACGCGCUACGCACCGCCGGUAGCGCUUGCACAAAGCACGCUGCUGAACACCGAUACGACCGCUGCCAUCCGCGAGAGCCGCGAGCAGUUGAAGAAAAUGUACACGGCGCAAGUUGUGCGCGGCGAUUAUGGGCCGUACAAGCCGCGCGCCUCGCUGAGCGCAUCGUUCCCUGCCGAUGCGCCCAGCUCUGUGAGCCAAACAGCGCUGCUCGAUGCCGACCAGGCGAUGCACGCCAACACGUCGCUCCAUCCCGCCGCGCGGCGUUUCGUGGUGCAGCAGAUCGCCAAGCAUCUAGGCAUUGCUAGCUAG